UUCUGCACUCUUUUGGCUAUAUUUAUUGGUUGGUUCUGGUCACUGGUCACCUUCGGCUAAAAUUUCUUGAAUGGCUAGUGUUACAUCAGUAUCUUCUGGGGACGCCAUCUUGCUUAAGUUUCCCUGGGUCCAAAGCCACAUCGAGCCUAUUCAAUAUCGAAACCGUCAUUUCGUGGACUGGAUAAUUGGUUUGGAUUAUUUCGGUGGACGCGUUUACGAGAAUAGGUCUCAGCCGCAACGUGCACAUUAGGGUGUACGUUACAGUUUCGAUAGAGAUUCGAUGUGUUGGAUUAAGGUGGUCACAGGUGUUAACCAUCAUGGCGUAUGAAUCUGGUCAGGAACAGGUCCUGACCGGGGAUAUCCCUGCCGAGGAUUCCGAAGACAAUGUGGUCAAUCGGAGAAGGAUAGCGCUACUUGGAAGUGUGACAAGAAAGGUCAAUGAAAUAGAACCCCUUAUCCUGGACCCGUCGAAUUUAUUGAUAGUCGAAGAAGAUUAUCGGGAACUUACCCAUCGCAUGGAAGCAUUAAGAGCCGAGGUCCAGGAAGAGGCAAGCCGCCCCGAGUUGGGGGAGGAGACAUGUAAACAGAUCUUGGAUUGGUACCACGCGAAAUCGGCGGACUUCCUCGCCACCAAACGAAGAAUCUCGAAUUGGAUUGAUCGCACCAACCAUCUAGUGGUCCAACCCUCAGAUAGCGUUUCAGUAGCUGGGUCAGACAGAUCUCGUACAUCUGUCGUGUCCAAUGCUAGAUCUGAAGCCCGAAUUCGCCUAGUUGAAAGCCAGGCCAAACUCGAAGCCCAACAAAAACUUGAUACAGACUUGAGGCGUAUCCAGGAAGAGCGCUGGAGGAUUGAAAAGUCUUCUCAAGAGGAGAGGGAACGUCUGAAUCGACUAGAACGAGACGCUCGCGCCGAAUCCGAGAAGAAGAGGAUAUCGGAUAUUAGCGCCAAACUGGACCAAUUUGAUGCAAUCGACCGCAAUAAAGAACAGGAACUAUUCGGCCGAGGUAAUGAGGCUCACUCAGUCAUCAGAUCCAGCCACCAGAUCGAUCUGUUAGCCGAAAUUGCUUUGAGAUCACAUCUCCCCAAAUCCGAACCUGAGGUAUUCGACGGUACUGAUCUCACACGUUUUACGUCCUUUAUGCAAGCCUUUGAUCGCUUAAUUGCUUGCAACACGAAGUCUCCGUCUGAUCUUCUUUAUUACCUCGAGAAAUACACCCAAGAUGAGCCGCGGGAAUUAGUAAGAAGUUGCUUUCACAUGAAUCCGACUGAUGGGUAUCAGGAAGCCCGUCUAUUGCUGAAGAAAGAGUACGGAAACGAAUUUCAGGUCGCUAACGCCUUUCUCCAGAAAAUUCAGAAAUGGUCUAAUAUCAAGAAUGACGACAUAGCUGGUUUGAAGAAGCUUUCUAUUUUUCUUCGUGGCUGUGAAAAUUAUUUGAAAACUGUUUCAGGCAUGAACCAGUUGAAUAGCCCAUCUCAAAUUCAAGAUAUAAUUAUGAAGCUGCCCAUGAAACUUCGGGAAAGGUGGAGAAACCGCGCAUUCUACUUGUUGGAAAACAAGGGAUUUGUUGAAUUCAAGGACUUAUCGGAUUUCGUUCAUCUACAAGCUAGCAUUGCAUCCGUGCCAAUUUUUGGUGAUAUCAAAGAUCCCAGCCCCAAUCAAGGCCGAACUAACCAAAAUGUCGGGGUCAAAAGAUCGAUGUCUUUCGCUUCAAGCACAAACUUCAACUCAGCAUUCAAUGAAAACUCUGUUGCNACUUGA